UUAGUUCUAUUCGUGCAGUUGGUUGAAACAAUCCAUGUUUUCUUUGCAAUACUGGCAGCUCACAAUAGUCGGCAUUUUUCAUUUGUGGAUCGGUUUUUAAGUCACGUAAUGGCCACGAUUCCAGUAUAUUCCCCUACUAUCCCAUUUCUGGGCCUAGUGCCAGGUGGCCUUAGACCAGGAAGUAUGAUUCGUAUCAAAGGUGUCAUUAAUAACCAUGGCGAACGUUGUCAAAUCAACAUUCAAACUGGGGCUGCUUUACAUCCGCGUGAUGAUGUUCCAUUACAUUUGAGCAUCCGCCCAAAUGAACACGCAAUCGUACGUAAUACUUUACAGCGCCAUGUCUGGGGAAAUGAGGAGCGCUAUGGCGGCUGUCCAAUCUACUACGGACAACAGUUUGAUGUGCUAGUACUGAUCGAAGCGAAUAUGUACAAAAUUGCCAUUAACGGAAAUCAUUUCUGCACAUUCAACCAUCGAAUGCCAGUGCAUUUGGCAAAGUUUGUAUCGAUCAGUGGAGGAUGUGUGAUUCACUCGAUAACAUGUGAAAUGGACACUGUUGGACAGGCUCCCCCGUACCCGGGUACUAUUCCGAUUGGUCCAAAUCCUCCACCAUAUACACCGCCUUCAGCACCAUAUCCAUCAAACGGAGGAACGAAUGUGGGUUUUGUACCAGUGCCUCCGCCUAUGCCUCCACCACCACCAUACACACCGUCGCCAGGAUAUCCGAUCGGUGGCCCCGGUCAUUAUAAAGGUAGAAUGAGACGUACUGUAUUUAUGAAACUCUUCUAGAACACAUCAGAGCAUCGGUACUUUAGGUGGUUAUCCUCAGUAUCCUGGACAUCGUGGUGCAGCACCAUUUUCGGUAUUUUCUGAAGAAUUGAAAGCAAAAGUUGAAAAACAUGAGCCAUACUAACCCCAUAUUAUAACAAUACUGACAAACUGUAAAUACUAAUAAACUUUUAAUUAUAUUAAACGAGAAAACUAAA